AUGCGGCCAGUUAGUGCCGGCAGUCGCAAAGACAGGAAUAGCGAUGAUUUGGACCUUCUGGCCGGUCUCUGGGAAGAGGCGCGUUUCGCCAGGUUACCGUGGGAUGCGCCUAGCGAGUUGAAAGACUUGGUUGAGGAUAUAGACAACCCGAAGCGCGUCUACGCGAUACAUAAGGCGAGCCGUCGACAUAAUUUUCAACAGCUUGUGCAAAAGUACAUCGUUCAACUCCGCGAAGGCUGUGGUGUCGAACAUUGCACGACAUCUACGUGCUUUACUUGCCGGAAAAGGAUCGCAGGUCGAGCUCCAACUCGCAGGUACAACACAACGAGCGCGAGGACGUUGGCCGUAUAUCUCGCGAGCCAGGACAACCCGGAAACCGGCCUCUGUCCAAAUUUGCGACUCCCCAAGGCGCCACCCGCCGCUGUGGCUUCUCUGGUGUUUGUUCCAAAUUCCAAUUCCCGGCUGCGAGAUGACCGCGCCGCUCAUAUGUCCUCGAAGACGCUGCCGUUCCGCAAUCCACCCGGCUCUCCCAAGACGGGCGAUAGUAAUGGUGCGGCAUCCGCGUUCCCUCGGAGUUGCAGUGGAACUUUGAAUGGGGAUAGAAGAGAGAAGAAAAAAGUUGUAGGCGGUCAGGCUGGGUUGGAUUCUGACAAGCAGGCUCAGCGCCCCGGUUUCACCAUCACCGAAAAGCCUGUUAGCAAGGAUCAUCGUUCAUUUGCCGCCAAUGUCGUUGGCACCGUUGCCUUCAAAAUGCUCGAGUGGUUGACUCCGACGGCACUCGAAGACAUGCAUAACAGGACACGGGCCUUCGGCGGCAGGCCUCAGCCUGACGUUGAACCUCCGAACCCUCCUGAAAUCGAACCGGAGUUGGGGAAUGGCGUCGGACAUGGGGUACCCAUGGGGUUGCAAGAGCCACCGGUCUUGCCUCUACAGCCGGACGGGGAUUUCGCCAGGAAGCGGAACCUACCUGGGAAUGGCCAGGCUGAGAGGGAAACUCGCACUUUAAAGGACAGCCAACCGCAACAGGAUCCUCAAUCCAGUCCUCGUGCGACGAACGCGCGCCGUAACUCGAACGCGAAGGUUCGCACUUCAUCCGGGCCCAAGCCUAAACGGCAGCUAUCGAUCGACCCGUAUGCCCAAGACGCUUCUGCUGAAGAACCCUACGCAGCUCUAUUGAGAUCCCCUCGCACCACUGGAGGUGGUGCGGACAAGGGAUCGCGCGUCCCCAAAGCUGCUGGCUCGAGUAUCGCACGACCGAUCUCUCAGCUCUCCUCUGCGGGAUUUUUCGAUGAUGUCUCGCUUGAAAAGAUGCCUCCCCCGAAAACCAUCGAUCUCAAGCCAAGGACCGGCCGGCUCGCAACGAGCGAGGCGGGAAACGGUGGAUCCCGUAGCCCGAAGGCCCCCCGUACUUCAUCAGGCGUCGUCUCUGAGAAGUCGUAUAGCGACGCCUCAGGUGCAGCUACUGGUCAGGACUCGGAAUCGGAGGACGAGACGCUGCUUCCGCAAACGUUAUCUAGGUUGACUGCGGAAGUUGUCGACUUCGUUUGCGAUGUCAUUCAAGAGGAUGGGACCGCUGAGGAGCAUAUGCUCGAACCUCAGUCAGUUGCUAGGUUUCACAGCCGGAAGCUAGGGCAAGGGAAGCUAGCUAGACGGAAGCAUCGGUCAGACCAGGGGUCCUCCGCCAAUGUGAGGCUGGAGUGGAAGCUCUUCGUCGAUCAAACCCUCUUCUACGUCCUCAGCGACUCGCAACUAGCCCUCCGAUCGUUCACGAAAAAGGGGCAGUUGUACGACUCGCAAACACUCUGGUACUGCAUGCUGAGGAUGACGCGAGUUUCUCCCAGUCUGGUAUUCCACAGCUUGUGGAUGGCUGCCGCUAGUCUCUUCGCACCCCCUAGAUCACUCCAAGCCCUAAGAUCGCCGUCGACAAAGGUCUUUCCCAAGAGCGAGCAGUCGCUCUCUAACUUGGAGGCAGGGCGUCUCAUGUCCAUAUGCUUGCACGCCUUGAUCGCUGCCGCGCCCUUGGUUACAGAUUCCCGACAGCUGUUCGACAUGUCGAGGAUUCGAUCUCAUGGCCUGAGUCUUGCGGGUAGCGGCGCGGUAGCACGGCAGCCGACAGAAUUGUGCCUGCAAUACGAGGAUGCCUUUAGCGACGAUAUGGCUCUGAGGUUAGCUCGACGGCUAUUCGCGGCCAUAACCACGCGCCGCCGCUUCGACGCCCUGAGCGAGUCUACCAUGGGGCCGCACGAACACGGCGAGCAGGAUGUGCUGGCGCCUCUCUUCUCGCAACUAGAUUUCCUCAACAUGGACGCGGUUUACGUGCUAGACUUCUCUUUUCCUGACCGUGCCCUGCACGAGACCCGUGUUCCAAUUCUUUUGCUCGAUUGGGCGAGGGCUGUCAUGCUUAACGAUUGGGAUGGCUCUCCUGAGGUUCCAGGGGACGGUCCCUUCGGUGGUGCCCUCGCCCUGAUCGAAGCCAUGCAUGAGAGACGACAGGACCUCCUCUUGGCCGAUGCCCAAUUCCGGUCAGACUACUUUACGGAGCGGCUGGACACGAUAAAAAUGCCCAUCUCGUGGCUGUCUCAUACCCCAACGCGGCAACGCCUACACCUCCUAGACUUUCCAUACAUAUUCAGCUCAUCGACACUGGUGUCGUACUUCCGAUCAAUCAACUUCUCGCGCAUGAGCCGUGCUUUUGAGGAGUCUACUUCCUUCCAUGACAAAAUCACCGUGAUCGCCCAGCGGGCGGGUCUCACCCAACAUCACAAGGAUGUGCUAGUAGAACGGCUGGGGCCCGCGGGAUCCAAGUACCUGAUUCUUGAUAUUCGAAGGGGGACCGUUCUACAAGACGCGCUCGACCAGUUGUGGCGUCGGGAGGAGCGAGAGCUGCUCAAGCCCUUGAAAGUCCACCUAGGCGAGGCCACCGGGGAGGAGGGCUUCGAUUCCGGUGGUGUGCAACAAGAGUUCUUCCGGUUGGCCAUUGGAGAAGCUCUCAACCCCGACCAUGGAGCCUUUACUGUCGACGAGCGCACUCGCAUGACUUGGUUUCUUCCGGGCUCGAUGGAGGACGAGUGGAAGUUUGAGUUGAUCGGUUUGUUGGUGUCGCUCGCCGUGUACAACGGCCUGACACUGCCGGUUACAUUUCCGAAGGCCUUUUACCGCAAACUCCUUGGCGAACCUGUCACUGAGCUGCACCACAUCGCCGAUGGCUGGCCUGACCUCGCAAGCGGCCUCACUUCGCUACUCGAGUGGGACGAGAAGGACGGCGCUGUAGAAGACGUCUUCGCCCGCACUUACGAAUUCUCCGUUUCCGCAUUCGGGCAGCACAUCACUCGGGAAAUGAAAACCCCCUCAAACAACACCCACCACCACCACCAUGCCCGCAAAGACGAACCCUGGCCGCAGUUCGCGAAGACGGCCUCCCAGUCUUCCUCUCGCCCACCCCCCCACCACGGCAACCCUGCCGAGGACGAGGCCCCGCUCGUCACCAGCGCCAACCGCAACGCCUACGUCUCCGAUUACAUCCGCUACCUCACCGACGUGUCGGUGCGCCCGCAGUACGAGGCCUUCGCGCGCGGGUUCCACGCCUGCCUGCACCCAAAGUCACUCUCCCUCCUAACGCCCAGCCUCCUGCAGUCGGUGGUCGAGGGCGUGCAGGAGAUUGACAUCGCGGAGCUGAAGCGGCACGCGCGCUACGUCGGCUGGGACGCGUCGCACCGCACCGUCAAGGACUUCUGGAGCGUUGUCAAGCGCUACGACGACGCCAUGAAGCGCAAGCUGCUCGAGUUCGUCACCGCUAGCGACCGCGUCCCCGUCGGCGGCGUCAAGAACCUCAUGUUCAUCAUCCAGCGCAACGGCGAGGAGGAGGACCCCGCCGGCAGGCUGCCUACGUCGUAUACAUGCUACGGGACCCUGCUGUUGCCGGAGUAUAGGGAUAAGGAGAUGUUGAGGCAGCGAUUGGGGAUGGCCUUGGAGAAUGCGCAAGGGUUUGGGUUUGCUUGA